GAAGAAGAAGAAGGAGAAGAAGAAGAAGAAACGUCAACAUCACAGGCUAACAAUCAUGCCAGCUGACGAUGAUCCUGAGUCCGAAGUGUUUGAGAUUACUGAUUUUACCACCGCUUCUGAAUGGGAACGGUUUGUGUCCAGAGUUGAGGAGGUGCUCACUGACUGGAGGCUGACGGAAAACUCUGUGGAAAAUAGGGCUUCAAAAAAGGGUGAAUACACUAGUGGCAUUUGGGAAGAAGAGUCGAAGGAUAUACAUUUUGCAGAUUUUAAGUUCUACAUCACCCACCAUUUUCUGAAACAAGAAUGUGAGGAGGAAGAAGUUGAGGACAAGGCUGAGGAAGAUACGUUACCCUCAGCUAUGCAGGAUCUUCUGUACAUGCACAAUGAUUUCCCCCCUCGAGCCCACUGCCUUGUCCGGUGGUACGGCCUGCGAGAGUUUGUGGUCAUCACCCCAGGAACAAACUGUGAAGCCGUCAUCAGUGAGUCCAAAUGCAAUUUGCUGCUCAGUUCCAUCUCCAUCUCUCUGGCUAACAGUGGUUGUCAGGUUCCGAUGUUUGUGCAGAUCCAGCAGAAGUGGAGACGGAUUUACGCUGGAGAGUGUCAAGGACCAGGUGUGCGCACAAACUUUGAAAUUGUCCAACUGCGGAAGGCAUCGAGCCAGUACAACCACCUGUCUGGCCUUCUGGACAUCUUCAAGUCCAAGAUAGGCUGCAACCUGCUCCCUCUGCCACCAGUUGACAUUGCCAUUCGCUUCACCUAUAUUCUUCAAGACUGGCAGCAGCAUACGUGGCCCCAGCAGCCUCCUGACUUUGACACUGUCCUUGGAGGUGAGGUGGGAGGAGUGGAGUUUGGAAAUCUUCCAUUUGGAGCCUGUGAGGAGCCAAUCAGUGAACUUCAUCUGGCAACCACCUGGCCUCACCUCACAGAGGGCACAGUCUUAGAUAAUGAUGUCUACAGUGACCUCGACCCUCUACAAGCUCCUCACUGGUCCGUUCGUGUUAGAGCAGCUGAAAACCCUCAGUGUUUACUCGGGGACUUUGUGACAGAGUUCUUUAAGCUUUGCUGCAGGAAGGAGUCUGUGGAAGAGGUUUUAGGACGAGGAUGUGCUGAAGAAGAAGGCCAAGAAAAUAGUGACAUCACCUCAGCUUUAUCCAAACUCACGGAGCCAGCAGCUACCGUGCCUUUAACCAAACUGUCUGUCUCCAGUAUGGUGCACAGCGCCAGGAAACGCAUCCACCGCCGGAGGCACAUCGAUGAGUCACCACUUAACAUCGAUAUCCUCAACUCAAUCCUCUUGUAUCUCUUCCCUGAUGCUGCUGUGGAGAAGUCGUCAGACAAUAAGUCUAAAACUGCACAGUCAAGCCCCUUGAAGACAACCAAGAUGGAGACAAUCCCUGAUGAUAACCUGUUUCUUCAGCUGAAGUCGGCUCCCACUGACAGUCUGACCUACCGGUUGGCGUUAUGUCUGUGCAUGGUCAACUAUAGCUACGGUGGCUUGCCAGCUGUUGCUCACCUCUGGCAGGAGUUUGUUCUGGAGCUGCGUUAUCGCUGGGAAAACAACUAUCUCAUCUAUGGGUUGGCUGGUGGACCUCCUGAUCUUCGCUGUUGUCUUCUGCAUCAGAAGUUCCAGAUGCUGAACUGCUGCAUUGAAAGGAAGAGGGCCAGAGACGAAGCUCACAGGGAAGGGAGCAAAGGAAAAGGAUCGACAUCAUCAACAGCUGGAUCCAGUUCAACAAGAGAAGCGCCUCAGGGGAGGUUCCGGGAUUCAGGGAGUGACAGCGAGGAAGAGUUCUUUGAGUGCUUAAGUGACCAGGAGGAGAUGGAGUCUUCACAGUCUGAGGGGGGAAAGAACGGCGGUAAAGGCAAAGCAGAGGGCAGGCUGCACCCCUACAACAACAUGACUCUACUGAACAAUACAGAGCCUCUUUAUGUUCCUGUCACUCAGGAACCUGCUCCCAUGACUGAGGAUCAGCUGGAAGAACAAUCAGAAGUUCUGGCCAAACUUGGCACAUCAGCUGAAGGCACUCACCUCCGUGCUCGAAUGCAGAGUGCAUGCCUGGUUUCAGACAUGGAGUCCUUUAAAGCAGCCAAUCCAGGUUGUGUUCUGGAGGACUUUGUGCGCUGGUACUCGCCAAGGGAUUACAUAGAGAAGGAGGAGGUCGAUGAAAAGGGGAAUAAAGUUGUCACAGGAGAGCUUAGUGCAAGAAUGAAAAUCCCGGGCAACAUGUGGGUGGAGGCAUGGGAGAUAGCCAGGAUUACACCUGCACGUCGCCAGAGGAGACUCUUUGAUGACACUAAGGAGGCAGAAAAGGUUUUGCAUUAUUUGGCUUUGCAGAAACCUGGUGACUUGGCUCGUCAUUUGCUCCCCUGUUUGCUCCACGCUGCCAUUCAGAAGUUGAAGCAGGAAGGUUUGUAAACUCCUUGAUUGAAGAACCAGAGGUGGUGGUGGUCAGAGCUGGCCAGGGCCUUAUUGGCAGAAUCAUCCACAGGCUGUUUUCUAGUGCUCAGCGGGUGGCUCUUCUGUCCCCUCUGGAUGAAGAUUUGGAGCCUGACAGGAAGUCGACUGGUGAAAGUAGAAAAGUCCCAGACUUCCCACCUCCGGCGGGCCGAGAAAUUCUGCUGCGGACGUGUGUUCCCCGACCAGCGCCGUACUCCAAGGCUCUGCCCCAGAGGCUCUUCUGUGUGCUCAUGAAGGAUGAGUUCAGACUGGCCGGGGCCUUUUCUUCAGACACGUCGUUCUUUUAACAUCUUUCAUUCAGCAGGAGAUGAGUCGCAGUGGCUUCAACUAUCUGAUUGUUUUGUUUUUCACUAAGAUGUUGCAUAUCUGUUGGCUCGUGCUUUCUGUUACUUAAUGCUGUAACUGGAGGUAGUCGUAAUGUUUUGGUUUGGUGUGACCUCAGCUGACUGUGUGCACUGGAGGCAGGUCAUUGAUAAAAGCAUAUGACUGCAGAACUUUGAAAAACCUAAAAGAUUCAAAGGCUUUGUUAGUGGGGCAUUUUUAUUAAUUUAAUUUACAACAGAUCGAUAAUGCUUCAUUUACGACGACGCUAAAAACAAGUUUUAAACUCAAAGGUGGUUUACUGGCCUUACAUUGUAACGUUGUUGGACCAGUGCAUCCUCUCUUUCAGACCUGUUUUUUUCUUUUUUUGCUUUGCUUAGACCAGACCAGAGCAUUCACCAAUGUUUUUUUGUUUUGUUUUCAGAUUGUUUUUCAUUUUUAUGAAUUUAAAAUUAAGUGAUAACACAAGAAAUCUGCUGCAGACUAUUUCUCCCAAGCAUAAGUCUUAAAUUUGACUGUCAUUGCAUGAACUGUAAAUUUCUGAAAAUGAAAUAAAUAAU